AUGCCAAUCGAACCUUGUUUUAUCAAUAGCACGAACAAUAAAAAAUUUCGACUUAAUGGUAUUUUACGAUCGACACGUUUGCCAGAUAAACAUAAAUUAUGUCAAAAAUUUCGUCAAGAUAUGGUUUUAAGAACUGAUCAACUUCCACCGAACGUUGAUCUUCGAUCAGAUAUGACACCUGUUGAAGAUCAAUCACAACUUGGAAGCUGUGUGGCUAACUGUCUUGCUGGAGCUUAUGAAUAUUUAGCAAAGAAAUCAAAUGGUAUCAAUAUAGAUGUCAGUCGUUUAUUUAUUUAUUAUAAUGCACGAGUUAAAGGAAAUUAUUCAGAAUCAAUAGAAGAUACUGGUUGUUCAAUGACAGAUGCUAUUGAAGCAUUAGAAGAAUUGGGUACAUGUCUUGAAUCAAUAUGGCCAUAUGAUAUAUCAAAUGUUAAUACACGUCCUAGUGAUCAAGCAUUUCAACAAGCAAAAAAGUAUACAAUAAAUGAAGCAUUUCGAGUUGAUCUUGUUUUAAAUGAAAUGAAAUCAUGUCUUGCACAAGGUUUUCCAUUUGGAUUUGGCAUUCAACUGUUUAAUUCAUUUGAUAAUGCAAGAAAAACAGGGGUAGUACCAAUGCCAGAUCCUUCAGAGAGUAGCAGAGAAUCACAUGGAAGUCACGCAAUGUUAGCUGUUGGUUAUAAUGAUCAAUCAAGAGCAUUUAUUGUUCGUAAUUCAUGGGGAGAAGAAUGGGGUGACAGAGGAUAUUGUUAUGUUCCAUAUGAUUAUAUGACUAAUUCAGAUUUUUGUUUCGAUGCAUGGACGAUUCGAAAAUUGAUGAAUAAUGAUUUUAGUCAAGAAAAUUGGCAUUUUGAUGAUAAUAAGAAUAAUUAUUCUGAUGAUAUUCAUGAUAAUAAUCAUUUUAUUGAAAAAUUAGACGGACAUGAUGAUACUGAAGGUUAUAACGGUAAUCAAGAUCUUUGGUGGAAUGAUAAGAAUCGUGAAGGUGACAAUUAUGAUUUUUCGUAUCAAUAUCAAACUGAUGAAACGAAUAAUUAUUCAACAAAUGAUGCUAAUUAUUAUGAUAAUGCUAGUCAAAAUAAUCAGGAUAUUUAUUUAAAACAAGAUUGGAAUUCAGACACAAACUAUUCAUAUCCACAAAACGCUCAGUAUGACAAUCAAACAAAUUAUUGUGAUGAUGUUUCAAAUUUCAAUUGA